UCCGGCUACCGAGACAGACUAUUAUGGUGAGAAUGUUGAUGAGCUGGAUGAAACAGAAGACACUUCUGCCAAUCAGCCUUCAUCUUCAACAAUUUCAUCAACAACCACGACAAUCAUGUCCACAACAGAUGCACCAUUUAAAGUCACUUCACCACCAACAACACCUAUUACAACUACAACUGCAACAACGACUACCGUUAAGUCAACAUCUACUGUUACAUGGGAAAGUUCAUCUGAUCAAAGUGAAGCCAUUCAGACAUCCAGAUCCGCCAAUAAACAAAAUGUUACCUCCAUUUUUCCACCAAUCUCAAGAGAUAUAAGAAUUUCAACGGAACUUAGAGGCGAUCUUGAAAGUUUAUCACCAGUUAAUCAAUUGAAUCAAGCUAAAAUAUUGGAACCCGGAAUCCAUAUAUCAACACCAAAUUCCAGUCAAUCUGAAUCUUCACCUCCUGGUGAUUUAACAGCUUGGUUCCAAUCAGUUGCUGCUUCACAAGGAACCGGAAACAAUGAGAAAGGACCUUCCAUUGAACCAUUUAAUUAUAUUCAACCUCAAAUUGGACCGACUGGUCCUCGCGGCCCUGCAGGACCAAUGGGACCACCGGGUCCACAAGGAUUUCCUGGUCCUAGAGGUGAACCUGGUGAACCUGGUCCACCAGGAUCGCCUGGUAUUCAAGGCGAACGUGGUCUACCCGGUGCUAAUGGACGUGAUGGGGAAAUUGGUCUCGAUGGUAAGCCUGGAAAUCCUGGACCACCAGGAGCAGUUGGGCCAAGAGGAACACCAGGAAUACCAGGAAUUCCUGGUCCAAAAGGACACAGAGGUUAUCCUGGGGUUGACGGAGUCAAAGGUCAACCAGGCAUUCCUGGAGAAAGAGGCAUUCCAGGCAAGCCCGGCGAACCUGGACCAAUUGGCAGUGUUGGCCCAAAAGGUGAUCGAGGACGUGAUGGUAACUCAGGUCUUCCAGGAAUGAGAGGAAUCGAUGGUUUACCAGGUCCACCGGGCCCUGUUGGUCCACCAGGUAGAGCUGGACCACCAGGAUUUCCAGGGCCUCCUGGUAUAAAAGGUGAUAGCGGUCAAACUGGACAGAAAGGCGAUAGAGGAGAUUUCGGUCCAAAAGGAGAAUCUGGCAAACCUGGAGAGCCGGGAAUUCCUGGAGCUCAGGGAAUUAGAGGAGUUCAAGGUGAAAAGGGAACUCAAGGAGAAUCUGGUCGUAAUGGCCAGCCUGGCUUUCCUGGUGCACGGGGUCCACCAGGAGUUGAAGGUCCUUCAGGACCGAUUGGACCAAAAGGACAGGCAGGAUCACCGGGUGAACCUGGACUGAAAGGUGAUGUCGGAAGAAAAGGCGAACCUGGUACUGAAGGACCACGAGGACCUCCUGGACCCCAAGGUAACCACGGUCGAAGGGGUAAACCAGGGCUGCCUGGAUCACCAGGUUUAGCAGGUAGUCAAGGAGAGCGUGGCCUUAUCGGUCUUACAGGUCCUGUUGGACCCGAAGGACCGGCUGGUCUAAAAGGAGAUCGAGGUUCGCCUGGACCAAUGGGCCUUACAGGACUAAAAGGGUCAGUUGGUGAGCCUGGAAGUCCGGGACCACAAGGACCAAUGGGACUUCGAGGUCCUAGUGGAAAACCCGGUCCUCCUGGUCAAGAUGGUAUUCCAGGCGAAAGAGGUAAACCAGGAGAUGAUGGUCGACCUGGGGAGCCAGGACAUCCAGGUCAACAGGGUCAACCUGGAUUAAUUGGAAUGCCUGGUUUGAAAGGAGAUCAUGGUGAACCUGGGAAACAAGGAUUAGUUGGUCAACCUGGACUUAAGGGUGAUCAAGGAUUGCCUGGACCGAUUGGAUUGACUGGUCAACCUGGACAAACUGGACCUGUUGGUGAGAAAGGGGCUUCAGGACCUCCUGGUCCACCUGGGUUCAGAGGGCCACCAGGAAUUCAGGGGCUGCCUGGAAAAGAUGGUGAAAUAGGCCAACCUGGCAUAGUUGGUGCUCCUGGUGAACGUGGAGCUCGAGGUGAUCGAGGUUUUCCCGGUGAACGCGGUCCUCCAGGACCGAUUGGCUUACAAGGUAUCAAAGGGGACUCGGGAACUCCAGGGUCUGAUGGUUCGCCAGGUUUACCUGGACCUAAAGGGGAUCGAGGUCAUAAAGGACCUCCUGGCAUUCCUGGUUUACCAGGAUCUCGAGGCGAAACUGGACAUCCUGGAAGUAAAGGUGAACGAGGUGAUAUUGGUCUAACAGGACCAGAAGGUUCUCCGGGUAAAACUGGUGAGCCUGGAAUACCCGGACCGAUGGGUCCAUCUGGAAGUACAGGUGAAACUGGUCAGAAAGGAGAACCAGGACAAACAGGAGCACGAGGUGAACGUGGGUUGCCCGGCGAGAAAGGUCCGAUGGGUCCUUCAGGACCACCAGGAUUCCCUGGUGCACCAGGUCAGCCAGGAUCUCAAGGAAUUAAAGGAGUUUCGGGCGAAAAAGGUGACCAAGGAGUUGGCGGACCUCAAGGACCUCCUGGUCCACAAGGUCAUCAAGGUGCCCCCGGAAUUAUGGGAAUUAAAGGAGCCAGAGGAGAGGAAGGAAAGAAAGGUGAUGCUGGAUUCCCUGGUGCUCCAGGCAGACCAGGGUUGAGAGGACUAACAGGUCCACAAGGGCCAAUCGGUCCAAUUGGACUUCCAGGUCUUAAGGGUUCCACUGGUGAAUCUGGUAGAGCUGGUCCUCCGGGUCAAUCAGGAUUACCUGGAAGCCCUGGUUUAAUGGGUCCUAAAGGAGAUUCAGGGCCUGAAGGAGCAUCAGGUCCACCAGGAAUUCCUGGCCAACCUGGUGAACGAGGUGAAAGAGGUUACAGUGGUUUACCUGGAGCACAAGGCAGACCAGGAUCACCAGGUCAACCUGGUCCACAGGGUGAACGUGGUUCAGAUGGUAAACCAGGCCAUGAAGGACCAUCAGGACCACCAGGGCCACAGGGACUUCCAGGACCAGCAGGUCCAUGUGGAGAGCCUGGACUCAAAGGAGAUUCUGGUAAAGAUGGAAUCCCUGGUAGACCUGGAGACAAGGGACCUCCCGGUAUCAAUGGACAACCAGGACCUCCUGGACCUCCUGGAAUUCAAGGUUUAAUCGGACCAAUGGGUCCAGUCGGUCAACAGGGUGAAAAGGGUUCCAUCGGUCCUCAAGGGAACCAAGGACACCAAGGUCCAAGAGGACUUCAAGGUUUACCUGGACAACCAGGAAUGAAAGGAGAUCGGGGCGAACCAGGAGAGAAAGGAAUAAAAGGUCACAGAGGAUUUGUUGGUCUACCAGGAUCACCAGGACCAAAAGGAGAAUCAGGAGAAAAGGGAAAUUCUGGUAUUACUGGAGUCCCUGGUCCGAUAGGGUCACCAGGACCACGAGGACAACCUGGUCGUGAUGGUAAUCCAGGUUCUCCUGGUCCAGUUGGACCAAUGGGACCUCGAGGUAGUCCCGGUGAACCUGGAAGACCUGGACACCCUGGACAGCCUGGUCCACCAGGAACUGGAUGCUCCUCUUCAUGUGAUUCGUACGCAUUUGACGCUACUACAUUAGCAGCAAUUUUAGGUCAACGACAAAGCAAAGGUCCAGAUCCCAUUCUUGGUGAUGAACCCAGUAAACUACUCUCAUCAAGUGUACCUGAAACUGAAAAGAAAAAAAUGGUCAACAAAUAUUUUACCAAUUUAAUCGAUGAAUACGGUAAACUUCGUAGACCUACCGGUGAAAAGGAAUGGCCGGCAAAAACAUGCCAAGAUCUCGUUAAUGACCGACCCAAUCUUGCAAACGGAGUCUAUUAUAUUGAUCCAAAUGAGGGUGAUCCAAGUGAUGCAAUUCAAGCUUAUUGUAACAUGGAAACUAAGGAAACUUGUAUUUAUCCCUCGCCUGCAAUUUUUGAACGAAAACAUCGACCAUCCGCUAAACCAGGAUAUUCAUGGCUUAGUGAAAUGUCUGAAAAUAUUAACUACAAAGCCAAUUCUGUUCAAAUUAAGUACUUGCAAAUGUUAACUGGACAAGUUCAUCAAAAUUUAACUUUCCAUUGUUAUAAUGCGAUUGGUGUUUAUGAUGCUAAUCUCAAGACAUAUCGAAGGUCAAUCAAAUUACUUGCUUCAAACGAUGUGGAGCUAUCGAUCAAUGGUAACUCACAGUUUCGAUAUAAAAUAUUGCACGACGGUUGCCAAGAUGCUGAGCCAAAUGUUUGGGAUAAAAGUAUUAUUGAAUACAAAACGACAAAGACUCAACGACUGCCAAUUUUAGAUGUAGCAAUUAAGGAUGCAGACUCGCCUAAUCAUCAAUUCGGACUCGAAUUGGGUCCAGUUUGUUUCAAUUGAACCAUAAAUUGUUGAAGCAUUGUUGCUGUAAAUUAUCAUCUUUAUUUAUUUGAACAAAAUCUAUCUUUAUAUGAGUGUAAAUUCAAUGUUACUCCGUCUAUAAUAAACUGUUAAUGAUACUAACCUUAAUGUACUAAGGUUUGAAUCUGUUUUCAAGCCGUGAAAA